AUGGAUAUGUUUGUCGCGGAAGCCGCUGUAGAAGGUGGCGACGUCAGCGGCGCACCGUCAUCCGUGGUGGAUGGAUCUUCUUCGCUGCGAGAGUGGUUUCGUCGUAGGAGUGAGAGGGCAGCGGCCGACUUUGACCGCUUAUGGGUGCUGGAGAAUCAGGAGAGGGUUAGCUUUGCUGCCGCCAAGAUUGGGAUGCGGAAGGUGCUGUUGCUGGUGCUGAUAGUGCUUCUGUCUCUUGCUGGUGCUGCUGCUGCUGCUGCUGCUGCUGCAGGCCGCCCCGGAGAGAGUGUAUGGGCAGACGCCUUGCUGCUGAGGUUUAUGUCGGUCCCGAUGACAGGUGCAGUGGGAAUGGGAGGAUGGUGCCAGAAGGGAUGGGAGAUUGUGGAUGUGUGCAUAGCAGCUGGAAUGCCACAGGCGUGGAGAAGACGGGAGCAGAUUGAGGUGGAUCAUCACGUACCUAUCGCCAGCGUCCGACAUGUUGCAGAGCAGUAA